AGAAUCUUUGAUUAAUUCUGUUGAUGCUGUCACUCCUUUGAAUAUGGAUAUCGCCUGCUUAUUUAUACCCCGCUUAUGGUCAGGGAUGCUACGGGCAGGCAGACAGGAAGUGAUUAGGAGGAAUAAGAAGCACCAUGGCACUUGUAGGUUUCGUGGAUUGGAGGGGAAACGCCAUCAGGAAAGAGGUGCAUGGUGGAGUCAGAGCAGCAUGGUUCUUGUACGUUCUGACUGUGGUAACCAACGUGGUUAUUAUCCCAAACCUGCUGAAUCUGGUUACUUAUCUUCAUGGAACAAUGCAUAUGGGGGUCUCGGCCUCUGCAACUACAACCACUAAUUUUUUUGGUGCCACAUCCGGGUUUGCAAUGAUAGCAGCUUUCCUCUCCGACUCCUACAUUACUCGCUUUAGAACAAUGCUCCUCUUUGGUCCAUUUAUGUUUCUGGGUUACGGAUUGCUCGCACUGCAAGCCUACCUUCCUUCACUCCGUCCACCAGCUUGCAACAUUGAAGCAGAGCUAAACAGUUGUGAAGUGGUCCAUGGAUGGAAUGCUACCUUAUUGUACACAGCCUUGUAUAUGACUGCAUUUGGUGAUGGUUUUAUCCGUGUUUGCUUGCCAUCCCUCGGAGCAGACCAAUUUGACCAUGAAGAUCCCUCUGAGUCCCGCCAACAGUCCAGCUUCUUUAACUGGUAUACCUUCGGAAUCUCCUUUGGAGGUUUUGUAGGGCUGAUUCUCAUAGUGUGGCUCGAGAACUACAAAGGGUGGGAUAUCGGACUUGGGGUGUGUGCCAUCCUAAUUCUGCUAGGAUUGCUCAUAGUUGCUGCCGGUUUCCCCUUCUACCGCAACCAAGUACCACAAGGAAGUCCUCUAACUCGAAUACUGCAGGUUCUUGUGGUUGCAUUCAGGAACAGGAAACUUGAACUUCCUGAAAAACUGGAGGAAGCGCAGGAAAGCUGCACUGGGACAAGGGCAUGUUCUGUUGAUGCACUCGCUCCAACAAAUAGUCUGAAAUUACUCGACAAAGCUUGCAUCAACCGUGGCCAAAGUGGAGCCUGGUCAGUUUGCAGUCUGAGAAAGGUGGAGGAGACAAAGAUUAUCAUCCGUGUGCUUCCUCUCUUCGUCAGCUCCAUGAUCGGAUAUAUAUCGAACGUUAUCCUCUUCACAUUCACUGUGCAGCAAGGCACCAUGACGAACACAAGGCUGGGCAAGAUCCAUGUUUCCCCCGCGACACUCUUUAUCAUCCCUAUCAUAUUCCAGAUGCUAAUGCUUGCUGUCUAUGACCAGUUCCUUGUGCCAUUCUUGCGUAGACGCACAGGCUAUGUCGGUGGUGUCACUCAUUUGCAACGCAUUGGUAUAGGCUUCGUCACCAUGCUACUUGCGUCAAUCAUUGCAGCAAUUGUUGAGAAGAAGAGAAAGGAAGCUGUGGUGCAGAUGUCCCUCUUCUGGCUUGCACCUCAGUUCUUCCUUCUUGGUGUGGCAGAUGUGACAUCAUUCACCGGGCUCCUUGAGUUCUUCAACAGCGAGGCACCACGCGGCAUGAAGUCUAUUGCCACAGCGUUGUUCUGGUGUGCUCUGGGGCUCGCGUCCUUGCUGGCCACAACGCUGGUGGAAAUUGUGAACAAGGCCACAAGGCAUGGGCACCAGGGAGGCUGGCUCGAGGGUACAAGCUUGAACAACAGCCGUCUUGACCUGUUCUACUGGGUUGUGGCUGUUGUGGGAUUGCUUGGCUUAUGCAACUACCUGUACUGGGCCAAGAAGUAUGUGUACCAGCACAAUCCACGCAUCGUUGAGACAUCGGUUGAUCAGGAUUCACCUUGAAAUACUACAUACCCGUUGUUUUUUUACUUAAGUAAAAAUGUAACAUGUCUGAUUCACCAUGACAUCGAUCAGUUAAGUUUGCAAAGCAGUGUAGAAGCCUGUAACCGGUGUUCUGCUCUGAUGUGCUGUGCUGAUUGGUUGGGUUCAUCCUUGAUACUCCAUUUGUGAAAUUGUCAAAAUAAAUGGCUUUCUGCAUAACACUA